AUGCCGAUGGGGAACAUACACGAUGAAUGUAUUGCGCAACAGGUCGUUGCACCCCGACCAUAUCAGAUCUUGACUGUGGGUGAUGGCGAUCUGACGCUUUCAUUGGCUUUGGCUCGUGCGUAUGGAGAUCAGAUCGAUUUGACCGCAUCGACUCUCGUUCCGGAUUGUUCCACUCUUAUCUCCACCUACCCAAACGCUGCCGCGGUAUUGCAGGAGCUAGAGAAUCGGCAAGUUUCCGUUUGGUACGGUGUAGAUGCAACGCAAAUACAUCAGCGGAAAUCACAGAAUGGAAAACAAGCAUUCGGUAGCGGAAAUGUCUGGGACUUGAUUCUUUUUCAUCAUCCGCACUUGGGAAUCGAUGAUUCGGAGCAACAUACCGAAAGCCUUCAUGCUCAGCGUCAUCAUGUUCUCUUGGCACAUUAUUUAGCAUCUGCCAAAUUCUGCGUAUCGAAACCGAAUGGACGAAUACAUGUUUGUCUGUGCGGUACCCAAGCUACGACUUGGAAGUUGGGCGAAGCGGCUCGCCGACAGGGCCUGCGUUCUGCGUUUACGUUGGAACCGCACCAAAUCAUUUCACAAACCGGCUUCCCUACAUCCGUGCCCAUGGAUCGCCUGUUUGAACCCUCGCACAUGCCUCAAGGUUGGAAAGUGCACACACCGGAACCGGGUUUUGCUGCACCCCGGCGAUAUCGAAACGGCAAAACUGGGAGUCGCCAUGCCUUGGGUAAGUACGGAUACCGCCAUCGUCGCACACAUGGGGAAUGGCCCACCGCCGCUGGUAGCUCGUCGUCAUCUACCGAUACCGACGUAAUUGGGUCUAUGCAUUACGUGUUUGAACGGGAUGCUGCUGCUAGUACACCGCAAAUAGCGACGAGGAGUCACUCCAGCGACAAAAACAAUAUUACGAUGUGUACUAUUUGCGACUUGCGAUUUGAGACAGCCCACGCCUUACAGGAACAUUUGGCGACUCCAGCGUUGCCUAUUCCGCCUUUGUCUAUGAUUGUCGCCGAACAAAGGGCCAGGCCACUAGAGAGAAACAGACCACACGCUAACGAAUCACCUCUUAUCCAGACAGCAAGAGAUCCACGAUCAUCGACACAAAAUGCCGAUGCAGCCAAACAAAACGAAGCAAUUGUGUCCACAGUUACUUCGGGAAAACGAUUGCGCUGGUUCAUCCAGCACUGUAUCUCACCGUCUCGAUCUAAGCGUACCUGCGAACAGCUAAUUAUCGACGGAUACAUAGCGGUAAAUGGACAAGUUGUGGUAGAUUCAGGACGGGUGCUUCAAUGUGGCAUGACCGUGACAGUGACAGAGAGAUUUAUCCAGGAUAACUCCACCUUCGUUCCUCCACUGGAAAUAGUGGCACAGUGGGGCCAAGAUAUAUACGUUGCUUGGAAGCCUGUUUCAAUACGAACGGCUGGAACAUUUGAUGUCAACACGCUGGAAAGGCGAUUCUCUGGGCAGAUGGGUCGUUCCUUUCAGAGCUUGACGAAAUUGGACACGGGAUGCAGCGGUUUAUGUGUUUUAAUGCCUCGGAAUACCAUCUCAGAGAGUCUCGAACCACGACUGUUACACACAUUCACAGCAUUAAUUCAUGGAAGUCCCCCCAACACAUGGAAAUCAGGCAUCACCAUUGACAUCCCCUUAGACGGGAUGCGACGAUGGCGCAAGCGACCAGCCGAAGAUCUUGUGUCACAACUGAUUUUUUCCGAGGACGCCUCACUGGUAGAAAAUCGCAUCGCGAAAACCUGCGCAGCCACCGUUCACGCUUUGGAAACAACCACAGCAGAGCCUGAUGGCGAAGGAUUGUUACCGCCUCUCACUACGAUUGAAAUUAUCACGGGUACUUUGGUUUCUGGUUUCUGCAGCAUCUUAUCACACUAUUUCCGUAAACAAGGAUACGCCAUUGUUGGCGAUCGAUUUGCCUCUCGGGAAUACCUUACACUUCCGCGCGCAGUAAGAAAUCGCUUGAAGCAAAAGAUUUGCUUGGGAUGCACCAACGUAUCUUCGUACGGCGAGGGGCAGACCGCGAGCAAAGCCGUUCCGGAAAAGUGGCGUGUCUCCCACUGGGAAUCCUUUUGCUGCCAUGGCGAGAACAACAGAGAUGUUUAAAGUUCGUCGUUGAUUGUCUUUCCGUUGGCAUCAUUUUCUUUGCGACACAAAUUGCACGUAAAUAGACACUGCUCCAGCAUAAAGUUUGGAUUCUUC